CAUUUAUACAGCUCUUCUUCCCUGCCAUUCUGCGAUUUGGACUUUCGAUUCCGCGUGAAGCAGACGACUUUCAACGCGGAAUUCGAAAGAUUCAUCAAAAACAAUAGCAUUUCCAGCUUAACACUCAUCAAAUUUCGACAAAAAAUCGGUUUUUGGAAGUCAUGGGCACACCGGCGUUCCCAGAUCUCGGUAAACAUUGCUCCGUUGACGAUUGUAAACUCAUCGAUUUUCUUCCUUUCACCUGUGAUUGUUGCAACAAGGUAUUCUGUCUAGAACAUCGAAGUUAUAUCACACACAACUGUCCAAAAGCCAACAAAAACGACCGAACCGUAGUCAUAUGCCCGCUAUGUGCAAAAGGGGUUCAUCUAAUCCCCAACCAAGACCCAAACAUAACAUGGGAAUCUCAUGUUAACACAGAUUGCGACCCAUCAAAUUACGAAAAAGCCACCAAGAAAAAGAAAUGUCCUGUACGCGGUUGUAGAGAAAUCCUAACAUUUUCCAACACGAUCAAGUGUCGCGACUGCACCAUUGACCAUUGCCUUAAACAUCGAUUAGGGCUCGACCAUGGUUGCCCUGGACCAAAAAAACCCGAACCCACUUUCCCAUUUUGGGGAUUUUCGAGUCUCACAAAACAAGACCAACCGCCACCACGGACCAGUUCGGCUAAUGCACCCGCGUCGUCAUCAUCAUCAAGCUGGACUACAAGUUUGCUCAAUGCGGUUUCGUCUCUUAUUAUUAGUGACGAUAAGAGUGGUCAGAAUAGCGGUUCGGGUAGCCGUAGUGGUGGUUCAGGUGGUCAAGUGGAGGAGUGUCCGAUUUGUUAUAUGAAGUUUUCUAAGGUUUCGGGGUUGAUUGAUCAUGUUCAAAUGGUUCAUGAAAAGAAGGGUGUGAUGAAGGUGACAGUUGAUGUGUGUCCAAAAUGUAGCAAAGGGUUUAAGGAUCCGGUAGCUUUGGUGGAACAUGUUGAAAAAGAACAUAGAGGUGUGUCUAAAGCUUAAAAAAUAUAUAUUGAUUUGUCCCCUCUUGUUUGUUAUAAUUCUUUUUCCAAUUUAUUGUUGUCUAAUUGGGUUGUAAAUGCUACAUGGAUUUUGAUAUUGAAUCUCAACACAGUGUAAAUCCAAUUUUAUUAACACAAUGUUUAUAUUGUUGGAUUUGA